AAGUGAUAAAGAUUGAUGUAUAGUGUAUCUUCUUUUCAUUCUAGUCGUGUCUUCUUAAAUUUCUCGUUAGUGCGUUCUAGAAAACUUCAAAAUGUUAUCGAUCAAGAGAUUACCGACACUGUCCACAGCUAAGAUUCAAUCUAAGUUUCAUUUAGACUUUCGAAAAGUAAUACUCGAGAAGCAAAGUACGAAGAACUUCCACGACAACUUAAUUCAUUUGUGUAAAUCUGUAACAGCUUUGCGGCAGAUAAAUAGUAAAUCUAUACAUCCACAGCAAAAGCAACUACAUGCAGAAAUUAAAGCAGCAUGCCAUUUACUGGAAAGAUCACAUUUACCUGGAUUGAGUACAUUGUCUCACAGUGCAAUAUGUGGUACUCGAAGGUUCCAUACAUCAUCUAACAAUUCCAACAAGGAUGAUGAUAAGCAGGAUAAAGACAAAAAGAAACCUGAUGAAGAAAAUAAUGUACCAUCUCUACUGGUGAAAGCAGCAUUUUGGAUGCUUACUACAAGUAUCCUUGUGAUACUCAGUUCUCUGUUGGUUCCUGGAGACAACACCCAGAAUGAGAUGGUGCGCUAUGUUUCUUGGAAUGAGUUUGUUUAUUCAAUGCUUUCAAAAGGUGAAGUAGAAGAGCUCAUAGUUAGGCCGGAUAUUGAAGUGGUCACUAUCAUCCUACAUGAAGGUGCAGUAAUCAAGGGGAAAAAGGCAACUCACCGAGUAUAUCACAUGAAUGUUGGAGAUAUUCACAGAUUCGAGGAGAAACUACGAGAAAUUGAAAACAGCCUGGGUGUUAAAGAAGGUGUUCGAGUGAUCUAUGACAGGAAUGGAAGUGUAGCAGGCAAAAUUAUUGCUAGCAUACUCAUUGCUGCAGUUAUUUUGUCAUUUUUGUAUUCCACAAGGUCUAUGAAAAUGAACAUGAACCUUGGUGGCUUUAAUCAGCUCGGUCGCGCGAAAUUCACAUUAGUGAACUCCUUGACUGGACAAGGCAAAGGGGUGAAGUUUGAAGAUGUAGCUGGCCUUAAAGAAGCAAAAGUUGAAGUUAUGGAGUUUGUGGACUACCUUAAAAGACCAGAGCACUAUAAAAGUUUGGGUGCCAAGGUACCAAAAGGAGCUCUAUUACUCGGCCCCCCCGGUUGUGGCAAGACGUUACUGGCGAAAGCAGUGGCCACAGAAGCUAAUGUACCUUUCCUGUCUAUGAAUGGUUCAGAAUUCAUAGAGAUGAUAGGGGGACUGGGAGCUGCAAGAGUCAGAGACCUGUUCAAAGAGGCCGCGUCUCGUGCGCCUUGCAUAGUGUACAUAGACGAGAUGGACGCGGUGGGGCGCGCGCGCUCGUCGGGCGCGUCGUUCGGGCCCGGCGGCGGCGAGGGCGAGCAGACGCUCAACCAGCUGCUGGUCGAGAUGGACGGCAUGAAGAGCCGCGAGGGCGUCGUCGUGCUCGCCUCCACCAACAGAGCUGAUGUGCUCGAUAAGGCUUUACUCCGGCCUGGCCGCUUCGACCGCCACAUCCUGAUUGACUUGCCGACAUUGAUAGAACGUGAAGAAAUAUUCGAGAGGCAUCUCAAGAACAUCGUCUUGGAGGACUUACCGAGUCAUUACGCCAAACGAUUGGCAUACCUGACGCCAGGUUUCAGCGGCGCGGACAUCGCCAACGUGUGCAACGAGGCCGCGCUGCACGCCGCGCGCCACAAGCAGAACAUAGUGCGCGCCGCCAACUUGGAAUACGCGGUCGAACGAGUUGUUGGUGGUACCGAGAAAAGGAAUUCUUCGAUGUCUCCAGGCGAAAAGAAAAUAGUGGCAUACCACGAGUCAGGGCAUGCGCUGGUGGGGUGGCUGCUCGAGCACACAGACGCCCUUCUCAAAGUGACUAUCGUGCCUCGCACCAACAUGGCCCUGGGCUUUGCGCAGUACACCACAUCCGAUCAGAAGCUGUAUUCCAAGGAGGAGCUGUUUGAUCGCAUGUGCAUGGCGCUCGGAGGCCGAGCCGCGGAAGCCAUCACCUUCAACUCUAUCACCAGCGGAGCACAAAAUGAUCUCGAGAAAGUCACCAAGAUAGCUUAUGCUCAGGUUCGCGUGUAUGGGAUGUCUUCAACGGUCGGACUGGUGUCCUUCCCCGACGCAAAAGAGAGAGGCAAGAGCCCUUAUAGCAAAACGCUGAAGAAUCUUAUUGAUCUGGAAGCGAGGAAACUGGUAGCCCAAGCGUAUUACAGGACUGAAGAGAUUCUCAGAAAUAACCAGGAUAAAUUGAAAGCCUUGGCCGAAUCGCUACUUGUCAAGGAGACGCUGAACUUCCAAGAGGUCCAAGCAAUACUGGGACCUCCACCUUUUAAGGGGAAAAAGUUCAUCGAGCCGGUCGAGUUCGAAACUAACCUGAGAAGUUUAGAAGCUGCGGCAACGGCCGAGGAGAGCUCAAACAUCGGAGCGCCCUCUGCGAAGCCGGAACCGGGUCCACAGCCACAUAAUACGUAGAAUUCGUUUUUAAAGUGCUAGUCUGAUGCGCAAUAAUAAUAAAUGUAUUAUCUUUAA